CUUUCCUCUGACUCUCUUAUAAGCGGGGAAAGUUUGACAUGUGUGUCUCAGUUUCUCCGUAGUCGCUCUGCUUGGGAUUUGGUGCCUGAUCUUCAGAAGUGACAAAGUCCCUACACGGCUCUCCUCUCUUUACUUCUCUCCAGCUAGAACUCUCUCAAGAUGGGUGACUGGAAUGCUCUGGGAAGGCUCCUUGACAAGGUGCAGGCCUACUCCACAGCCGGAGGGAAGAUCUGGCUGUCUGUGCUCUUCAUCUUCCGGAUUCUAGUUCUGGGAACAGCAGUGGAGUCGGCCUGGGGGGACGAGCAGUCGGCUUUCCAGUGUAACACCCUGCAGCCUGGUUGCGAAAACGUCUGCUACGAUAAAUCGUUCCCCAUCUCACACGUGCGCUUAUGGGUGAUGCAGAUAAUCUUUGUGUCUACCCCUACGCUACUGUACCUAGCGCAUGUGUUUUACCUGAUCCGCAAAGAGGAGAAGCUGAACCGUAAAUUGGAGGAGCUAAAGGUGGUACAGAAUGACGGAGGUGAUGUGGAGAUCCAUCUGAAGAACAUCGAGUUCAAGAAGCUCAAGCAUGGCCUGCAGGAACACGGUAAGGUGAAGAUGAAGGGUAGUCUCCUGCGCACCUACAUUUUGAGCAUAAUAUUCAAGUCGUUCUUUGAGGUGGGCUUCCUGCUGAUACAGUGGUUUCUUUAUGGCUUCAGUCUGUCAGCCGUGUACACCUGCGAGCGUUUGCCUUGCCCCCAGCGGGUGGACUGUUUCCUCUCUAGGCCCAUGGAGAAGACUGUCUUUAUUAUCUUCAUGCUAGUGGUUUCUCUGGUCUCGCUUGUGCUUAACGUUUUCGAGCUAUUCUAUGUGUCAUUCAAACGGAUCAAAGACCGCUUCAAAGAUAAACAAUACCAGUUCGCAACCGGCACCUUGAGCCCAACGCCUAAGGAUCUGUCCCCUGCAAAAUAUGCAUUCUACAACGGUUGCUCCUCGCCGACUGCGGCACUUACGCCGAUAUCACCGCCAGGCUACAAGCUAGCCACCGGCGAGCGGACCAACUCUUGUCGCAAUUACAACAAGCAGGCCAAUGAGCAGAACUGGGCCAACUACAGCACAGAGCAAAAUCGUCUAGGCCAGAAUGGUAGCACCAUCUCCAAUUCACAUGCUCAGGCCUUUGAGUACCCUGACGAUACGCAUGAGCACAAGAAACUAACUGCAGGUCACGAGCUGCAGCCGUUAGCGUUGAUUGACGAACGGCCGUGCAGCCAGGCCAGCAGCCGCAUAAGCAGUCGAGCGAGGCCAGACGAUCUGGAUGUCUAGCUAUACAACUUGGUGCAAUGUGACAACAUAAGAGGACUGACGCAGGAAGUGAGACGGGCUUGUUUUCUCUACAAAGGGGACAGGGCUAAUUCUGCACAUGUUCCUCACUAGAAUCUAUUUGAUACAGAGACAUAAAAUUACUCACACUGCUGGAGGUAAUAUUCAUUAAUAAUGAUGUUGAAACUAGCAGAGCAAACAUGCCCUAACAACUGAACUGCCAGUGGCUCAAAGGGCACAAGUGGGGCGAACCUGGCUCAUCUCUCAAUUCAACCCACCAAAAUAUGCCUUGUUGUGAUUGAUUUUGAUUUGAUUGUAUGCUUUGUUUAUUUUAUUUUUUUUCAAAAUGCCACACAAUAAUCCCAUUUUAACAUAUUGCACUUCUAUGUGUAGAAUUGUAUUCUUACCCCCAAAUCACACUUUUAAUUGGAUCUCAGUUGAUUCCAGUUAUUUUGUCACUCAUAUUCAUGAUCUCAAAUCCCCAAUGUUCAUGAAAUUAUAUUUAUUUAUUCAUAAAUACUAACAGGAUAUCCACCACUAGAUUGAGAUUGACUACUACUCAAGGUAACUUCUACAUAAUUAAUACAAUCAAUUACAUAUUUAUUGACAAUAAUCCAAAUUUCAGUAAUACAUUAAGGUGAGGCUUUUAUAAAUCACAGUGUGACUGUCAUUUUCCUGAUAAACUUUGAAUUUAUGUGGUGUAAGUUUUUUGUUAUUUGAUAAUAUUUGUUGUUUUGGGUGGUGGUAUGAAAUGGAAGUGUCUAUGUGUGGACUAAGCUGCUGUACCAACAUUUACACGGCUUGACUUCUUAUUUUUGAAGAAAUUGUUCUCUAAAGAUUCUGUGAGAGAAAGGCUUUACUUCUGUUCUCUUUUUAAAAUGCCAUUAUCUUUUCAUCUGUUGAUGGGUGUGUGUGUGGUGGGGGAGGGGGUAGGGGGUGGGGGUGGGUGGUGAAGGAGGCAGGAUUGAAUAAGGAGUAUACAUUUUUUUUGUCUUAACUUUAGAGUGAAUUACUUUUUUAACUCAAUGUAAUCAUUGCUGCUUGAGAAAUAGAGAUUUAGUACUGUAAAUCAAGCUAGCUAUGUCACAAAUGUGAGUUUUUAGAAGACUGCUUUCCAUAGCUGGACUAAUAUUUAGUCAUUAAUAUUAAGAGAUAUAUGCCAGCGUAGCUCCAUAACUACCAAACACAAGUAGGUGAAAUUUCAUUAUGGACAUUCUUUUGUUUUGAUUUUCAAAUUUUGCAUCAUAGUAUAUUGGUUAUCAUUCGCAGAAGCUCAUGGAUCCUUCAGCUACAAUGGUGUUUGCACUGAAAUUUUUGGCUAGGGUGUUAUUUGAUGCAAAAAUGACAAAAAAGUUAUCUGUUAUGCAUGUAACUAAUUUAUUUGACAACAUUACACAGCGUAAAAUCACUACACCUCAACAGUUUCUUUUGCAAAAUCUGUGGUUUUUGGAUGGUGAGUGGCUAUGGCAAAAUUUUGCAUCUGGUAAAUAACAAAAAUGGGCUUUAAAAUUGGAAAAACACUAAGGUAGUGUCAUUUCUUGUGAAUCCACUAUUUUACAGAGUGCAUGGCAGUGGAAAAGCCAAGCAAUGAAACAAAAAAUGACAUUAAUCAAAUCUGUGAAAAGCAAUUUAACCAAUAAAGUUUUUUUUUUUUCUUUUUAAUUUUGUAUUUGUGUGACUCUAUAAAACUAUUAAAUGAACACAUUUUCAUGAGGUUAAUACAUAGAAUAGUUUCAGUAAGUAGAUAUUAUUAAAACUCAAACUUUGCUUCCAGUUACUCAAUACCCAUUUCAGUAUUGUUUCACCCAUUCAGAGCCUUAUGAUCAACAAAAGACAAAAUGCACUGCAAUUUUUCUGGUGCUAGUCUCUAAAGGUGUGUCAUGCAGAUAUUUUAUCCAAAAGAAUUAGUCCUACAUAAACCAGUGUGUUUAAACAGGCAAUAGCAACAAACACAGUGUAACAGCCAAAAUCCAUAUACGCCAAGACCGACUUGCAAACCAAAAGACUGAUAAGUUUUUACAUGUAGGCUGUUUUAAAAUGCACCAGAAACUUUCAAAAUUUCAUCAUAUAAAAAAGAUUCAGUGCCUUUUCUCUGAUCCAAGUUUCCUAUUUAACCUUUCCACAAAGCUAAAUAAAACCAUAUGCCUGGGCCGAGUCUGUGGACCACAUGUGGCUAGAGCAGAACAAGAAAAAAGCAUGAGACUUUGAUCUAGUGCUAAUUAAUGUAGAUCAUUUUUAACUAGAUUUAUCACACAAACCUAUUGCAUAUAACAGAGCAAAUGCAUUUGUGUGUGUGUGUGUAUGUGUGUAAACAGUAUAUAUAAUAAUAUUUAUUAUUAUUUAUUAUAUCAGUUAUAAUUGUUAUAAUUAUUAUAAGUGUCUGAAAUGUUUUCAUUAUCCAAAGACCAGUAUCUUUAAAAAAAAAAUAUCAAAGUGGCAUUUACUAUAUAUAUAUAUAUAUAUAUAUAUAUAGAGAGAGAGAGAGAGAGAGAGAGAGAGAGAGAGAGAGAGAGAGAGAGAGAGAGAGAGCGAGCAAACAUUUCAAAUGUGGUGGUCAAAUCUUAGUGGAACAUGUCCGUUAUUAAUGUGAUGAACUACAGGACAGCUGUGUGAAUAUGAGGCGAACUGACUUCAUAAAUCCAGUAAAAACCACUAUGAUACCAGUUGCAUACAAGUAAUUGCAGAAAUGUAAAUCUGUCCAAUUUAAGUUAGUUUUGAGAAAAGCUCUAUCAGCAUUUGUUUUGGUGUGAUUUUGUUUGAUAUUUUGUAUCUAAUGCAAUGCCAUCCAGCCAGUUUAAAUGACCCAAGUGUCUAAAUGCUUAAUAAUAUACCUACAGAUACAGUUCAGUAUAAGCAGAGGUGGGUAGAGUAGCUAAAAACUGUACUCAAGUAAAUACUAUUACUUUAAAAAUGUAUUACUUAAAAAUUAUUACUUAAGUAGAAGUAAUAGUGCUAACAUAAAUAAUUAAUUGAGUAAGAAUAAGAAAGAAUCCAAUUAAAAGAGCACUCAAGUAGUGAUUAACUCGUUACUUUCUCAAAUUGCAUAAUGGAUGUUAACUACCUGCAUUCCAUUACAUAAUACACAUUUAACAUGUAUUAUGGAAUUAUUAUGUUCAUUAUUAGUAUUAUUUUUAUUAAUGGAAAUUUUGUCAUCAUUCACCAUCAUGUCGUUCCAAACAUGUAUGGCUUUCUUUCUGCCAUGCAACACAUUAAGGAGAUUUUAAAAAGAAUGUUAGCCUUGGACACCAUUCACUUUCGGUGGAUGUGCUUUUUUUUCUCUACAUUUUGAAAGUGAAUGGUGACUGAGACUGUCAGUCCCUAAUAUUCUGUCUAACAUCUUUUGGGUUCCACAGAAUACUGAAGGUCACACUGUCACUGUUUGUCUCCCUCAUAUUCUUUAAGGACUCCUAUUUUGAAGUUUUCUCCUGCACUACAUUUCCCAGAAUUCAUAGCCCUCAUCAUUCCCACCUGCACAUAAUCAUCCUCACCUGUAUUCCAUUCCCUCAUUUAGUUUGUUGUGUAUAAAUACACUGUAGUUUUGCCCAUUCCUUUAUCAGUCCUUGAAGUGUUAUGGUGUGUUGUUUAUUUGUGCCGUUAAGCUUUAUGGUUUGUUCUACCCCAGUGUUUGUUCGUUCCACUCUAUUGUUUGAAAUUAAAAGAUCAAAUGAUUCUA